GUCCCUGAGAGACGAUACCCGGAAUUUCCGGUUUACUACGAGAUAGGAAUUGACAUUACGCUUUUGCCCUAUCAAGUUUUUGGCGCCGUUGCCGGGGACUGCCAUACCGUAUUUUUGUUGAUUUUUGUGAGUGAACUAUUUUGAUCUGUGUUCUAGUGUGCAUGUGAAUUUCAGGUGUAUCCUCCUCGUGCAUGCCAAGGAGGACGAUCGACAAUUUACUGCCACUUGAUCCAGAGAUAAAGAGGACCUGCCGACAGAACAGGAAACAGGUCAAGUUAGGGAAGCAGCCUACCACAUCCACAACUCCUAGGCCUUCCCUAACCAAGAAUCGUCAACAGACAGGGCAGGCUUCAUCACCUGUCGUCCCUACACCACCACCACCUCGUGACAUCGAGCCUGUCAUCAUGGCAGACGAGGAUCGAUCAAUCAGGGCUCGUUUGAAUGGAAGGACUGGAGCCCGAGCUUCAUGUGUUGUCAUUCCGGCUGGGGAUGCAAACAUGGAGAUUACCCCAGCAUUCAUCAAUAUGAUCACUAAUGGGUACACGUUCUCAGCGGCUAGCACCGAGGAUCAUCAUGAACAUCUUCGCCGGUUCGCGAGCAUUUGUGAUACUAUGAAGAGCCCGACCGUGUCUGAUGAUGCAAUCCGUCUUCGGAUGUUCUCAUUUUCUCUGUUAGGGAAUGCAUCACACUGGUUCCAGAACUUAACACCCCGUUCCAUCACGACAUGGGGUCACGCCUUGGCAAUGAAGAGGCAAGAAGAUAUUGUUACUUUUAAGCAGGCUGAUGAUGAGAGUCUGACUAAGGCAUGGGAGCGCUAUAAGGGGCUAUUGAUGAGAUGCCCAAGCCAUGGUCUUGAAGAUUGGAACGUGAUCAUUAUUUUUUUCAAUGGAAUCAGAAGGGAGUUUUGGGAUGCCCUAAAUAAUGCUUCUCGAAAUGGUUUCACAAGGAUGGAGGCUCCAGCAGCAUAUGAACUGGUAGAGAAGAUCUGUUCAGAAGCCACUGAAUGGGGUAGUGAGACCAGUAUUCGAAGGAGAGGAGGCUUGUAUGAGAUAGACAGAGUUGCAAGUUUAGAAGCAAAGGUUGAUGCUAAGUUGGAUUCCAAGUUCGAUGCACUCGAACGAAGGCUGGCCAAGAUUGCUCUGGGUAGACAAGAGGAGGUUGUUUCAUGUGAACUUUGCGAGGGUCCUCAUCACAUGGAUAUGUGUCCACUGGGAGCUGCUCAGUUGGAAGAUGUCCAAUACAUCAAUAAUCCGCGAAGUCAAGGCCAGGGUGGUAUGUAUUCAAAUACAUAUAACCCUCAAUGGAGACAUCACCCCAACAUGUCAUGGUCGAAUAAUAAUCCAGCUGGUGUUCGAAACAUCCCACCUCCUGGUUUUCAACAGCAGCAACCUCAACCAGAGAAGAAGCCCCAACUGGAAGAGUUGAUUUUGGCUCAUAUGCAGAAAACAGAUAAUAAUUUCAAGGGUCUUGAUCAAUUUGUCACUCAACAGCUAGCCAUCAAGAAUAAUAUGCAAUCAUCUAUGCUAGCUAUGGAGAGGCAAAUAGGCCAGAUGGCUCAAACUUUGGCAGAUAUUCAAGGUAGGAUUCCCUGGACUUUACCAGCAAAUACCGAGAGGAAUCCGAAGGAUGCCAUGGUUGUAGAUGUCACAUUGAGGAGUGGAAAGGCCUUGGAGGAUCCAAAGAGUUCAAGGAAGUCAACAAAAUCUGAAAAAGAAGGAGUUGCAGAGGUAGAAGAUGAAGAAAGUGCAAAAGCUGAAAAAUCGGACUUGCACAGGCAAACUGCAUGCAAUCUGCCUGUGCAUGAGCAUGCCGCCCGUGCAACUCCAAAAGUGGAAAAAUUGAAGAAGGAAGAGGUAAAGUCUUAUGAACCUCCCGCACCAUUCCCUCAAAGGUUAAUGAAGCCCAUGGAAGACCCAAACUUCAAGAAAUUUGUGAAUAUCUUCAAGCAAAUUCAUAUCAACAUACCGUUGGCGGAGGCACUUGAACAGAUGCCUACAUAUGCUAAAUUCUUAAGGGAGUUGCUGACGAAGAAGCGCAAAUGGGCUGAUCUGGAGAAGGUAACCCUUACUUCUGAAUGUAAUGAUGUGAUUCAGAAUAAAUUACCAGAAAAGAGGGAUGAUCCAGGCAGCUUCACCAUUCCAUGUGUCAUUGGAGGUACAGAGUUCGAUAAAUCACUUUGUGAUCUUGGAGCAGGAAUUAAUUUGAUGCCGUACUCAGUCUACAAGAAAUUGGGAUUGGGAGAUGUUCUUAAGCCUACUCGGGUCACUCUCCAAUUGGCCGAUAGAUCAGUAAAAAUUCCAAAGGGAGUGGUGGAGAAUGUAUUGGUGAAGGUGGGGAAGUUUAUUCUCCUGACAUAUUUUGUUAUUCUGGAGAUGGAAGAAGAUCGGGGAGUGCCUCUCAUUCUUGGUAGACCUUUUCUAGCCACCGGCGAUGCACUCAUCAAUGUUGGGAGAGGCAAGUUGACAUUCCGAGUAGGUAAGGAGGAGGAAAUUUUUAAUGUCUUUCAAGUUCACCAUAAUCACGAUGCAUUUGAUGACUUUGAAAGUGGAUCUCGAGAAAGGAAAAAUUCCUCUUCCUAUGAUAGUGGACCAUCCGAAGAACUAUCACCUAUCCUAUCUGCUCAGAUUCUAAAGUCAAAGCAAGGGCAGAAAUCCUUGCCAGGUCACCUCAAGUAUAGAUAUUUGGGUAAGGAUUUCAAUCUUCAUGUUAUUAUUCCUUCUUCACUGACAUUGAAACAGGAAGAGUACCUGCUUGAGGCGCUGCAGUACCACCUACGCCUCACUAAAGGGUCUAACAUGCCAGCUAAGAAGGUCAUACCCAAUUUUCGCACACCUGGCCCUGCAGAGGUGACUCAUAUGUUGGAUGGAGGUUAUGCGUUCUAUCAUUGCUCGGGAGGGUAUUCUGGAUACCUUUCCAUACCCAUUGGUUGAAAGCUCCAUGAACGUCAGGCUGAGGACGUUAAACAAGCGCUUCUUGGGAGGCAACCCAAGGUAAGUUUUCUUUUCUUUAUUUUUCUUUUUAGUUGUGUCAAACCCGUGCAUGUUUAGAUUAGGAGUUGAACAUUAGGGACAAUGUUCCAUCCUGAGUGUGGGGUGGCGAGUCUUAGCGUUUAUUUGUUCCUUUUGUCACGUGGUCGGUAAAAAAAAAAUUCCAAAAAAAAAAAUUGCCAUUAGGUUGAGCACAGCCAAAUUGCAUGCAGUUUGCCUGUGUAAAAAGCAGGCUGCCUGUGCAAAGUUAAUGGCUAAAAAACACCUAAAAAUCAAAAAAAUUAAAAACAAAACCUUGUACUCUUGUGGUAACAUGAUGUAAAUGACUGUGAUGCGUGUGAUAUGAGUUUGUGCUUGAAUGAAAUCAUCGAAAUCAC